AUGACAUGCAAUCCGUCUUGGCCAAAAAUAAAACAGCACUUGUUAUCAACUGCAACUUCAACUUCUGGUGUGGCAGCUUCUAUCCUUCCAGGAGGAUGGACUGCUCAUUCACGGUUCAAAAUGCCUAUUGAUAUAAAUGAUAAUUUUCGUUGCAACAUUAGUAAACAAAGUUCACUCACACGUCUAAUUAGAGAUGCAAAAUUAAUUGUAUGGGAUGAGGCAUCAAUGGCAAAAAAGAAUAUGAUUGAAGCUCUUGAUGCACUUUUGAGAGAUAUUAUGGACGUCGAUACAAUGUUUGGUGGUAAAGUUAUUUUAUUUGGAGGUGACUUUAGACAAACUCCACCAGUUGUUCGAAAUGGAAAAAAAGAAGAUUUUAUUCAUGAAAGCUUAUUGUAUUCUGAAAUUUGGAAUAAACUUGAGAAAUUAUACCUAUUUGAAAAUAUGCGAGCAAGAACAGAUCCUUCUUUUUGUGAAUAUUUACUUCGAAAUGGAAAUGGAACAGAAAGAACUAACUGUGAAGACAAAAUAGAGAUUCCUAAUUCUUUUGUUAUUCCUUUUACGACUGAAGCGGAAUCCUUAGAUGCACUGUUUAGUGUAACGUAUCCUGAUUUGCAUGCAUUUUCUCCUGAUUCAUCUAUGAUAACCUCUCGUGUUAUUUUAACAACGAAGAAUGACUUUGUAAACGAAAUAAGUAAUAUGUUAAUCACUAAAUUCCCAUAA